AUGUCUUCUCUGCAGCCGCAGCGGCUGUGCCAGCUAGACACCCCUAGGACUCGAGGGCAGAUGGAGGCUACUCAGUGUUUCGGAGUGGAGCUGCACUUCGUUCUACCGGAACGGUCCAGCAGCUGUAGUUGCAAGGUGUCUGUUGCAAGCAUAGGAAGAAAUGCGGUCUUAUAUUGCGCUGCUCGUGCGCUGCAGCUGCCAUUCUCUCUUGGCUACCUGCAACAGCAGUGUGCUCCCCCUGCCCCCGUUGACUGGGAGGCAGCAGCGAAGCAGUACUGUGCCUACCGGGCCCCACAGUCACAGCCACAGUCGCAGUCCGAGCAGCAGCAGCAGCAGCGGCCGGAAGACUAUGGGGGGAAGAGGAAAAGAGCGACGAAGGGAUUUAAAGAAAUGCCCCAUGAAACAGCCGAGACGGACGACGUAACCCCUCCCGAUUACCAGACACUGGCUUAUCGAUGCGGAGAAGACGGAGUGCCAGGGGACAACAUUGGCUUUCUUCUUAAGCGAGCAGACCAGGCCCCCUAUUCUUACGAGGCGCUACAUGACCUUGUUUGUGCCCUGUCUGCUGCUGGCCCCGAGAGGCUGGAGGACUACGAAAGCGCCUUGGAGAGGCUCUUGGAUGAAUAUCCUCUUCUUUUCGGCUACUGGAAAAAGCUCGCGAGGCUUCAAUGCCAGCUGAAAGGAGAUUGGACCAAAUGCGACGAGGUGUUUGAGCGCUGUUUAGAGUUUGUGGGCCACAACCCGCUGGUAUGGACAGCGUACCUGGAGUGGGCGGGAGCACACUGGAAGGCGUGGCCGCUGUGGCAGAACAUUUUGGACUGGGAGGAAGCGGAGUUGUUUGCUGCGAGAGAGAAAGUGAUUGCAGCAGAACAGGGAGCGGGGGCCCUUGAGGCUCAGGAGGACCAGACAGAUAACGCGAGCAACAGCGAUUCGCCACCACUGAGCGGUUUCAGUAGCCUUGUGGAGAUAAACAGAGAGCAAAUGCUGGCAGCCCUGCAACGCCUGCUGCGGACCCCUUUGGAGUGCUCGGAUUUGGUGUGGGAACGGCUAAAAGCCCUCGUAGAGAGAGGCAGCAGCAGCAGCAUCAAAAGCCGCCGGGGUCCCCGGCCUGGCGUGCAUGCUGAUGGAGACGGGUCCAUUAAGGGGGCCUCGACCCUCUUCGAUGUUUAUGAUCUUCUUGCUGACGAGCUGCUGCCAGAGCUGCUGCAGCGGCUGCGGCAGCAAAAGUCCUCUACCCUCGAAGAACUACAACUCUCACCGGAAAGAGCUGGCGCGGAGCAGCAACCCAAAUCAGACGAUCCUGCUGCAGCAAGAGCAGCAAUUAAAGAAAGAGUAUCCACGCUGGCAUCCGUAAACGCAGUGGAGAGAGAAUGCUGGCAGCUGAUGAGAGAAAACCUCGACGCUACGCUGGAAAUGGCUGCUCUGAGACAGCCGUUUGAAAAAGCGCGCCGUUGCUUGGAGGUGUGCGCUUCUUACCCUGAGUUCUGGCUGCGCUGUGCUCGUCAGCGCAGACGAAGCAACCAAGAAGAGGCGCUGCAGCUGCUGCAUUUUGCAACAACGAAAGUCUUGAAACGCCGGGACAUGGCUUGCAUAUACGCCUCGCAGCUCGAGGCCUGCGGCCGUCUCAAAGAAGCAGCAAAUGAAUUCGAGGCGCUCGUGAGGCCUCCUGUGGACCCGGCUUCCCUCAAGUAUUUUGUGGCGCUGCUGCAGUUCUCUCUGCGCCACCCGCCUGAGACAGCAGCAGACAGCCUCAGCCACGCGCUGCUGCUGUUGGAAGAAGCAGCAGAAAAAUAUAGAGAUGAUGGACCCUGUGCUGAGCUGCUGCAUAUCUACAGAGCGAAGCUCGUGGCCUUUCACGGGGGUGACACAAAAAAAGCGCUCUCUAUCCUCUCUAGAGCCAGAGACGCUCUUCCGAGGAGCCUCCCUUUGCUGCUGCUGCAGCUGCGGUUGCUGCAGCAGCAACACGCUGGAGACCCUGUGAAGAUACUUGCCGCAUGCAGACCAAUCUUGGCUGAAGUCCUCUCCAACCCAGACUCCGACGUGUGGCUCCGGUGGCAGGUGCUGAAGCUGCAGAUCCAUUUGUAUGAAUUCUACGCAGCCCCAACAGAAACUCUCUUCGCAGCAAAAGAAGCAGCCACCACCUUUUUGGAAAGGCACAGGCAGGAGAUAGCUUCCCUUGCUGCUUCAGCAGAGCUACGGAGGCUGCCACAGAAGAUGCUGCUGCCGUAUGGAGACAAGGAGGAGGAAGGCGCUGCUGCAGCAACGGGAGCAUCGGCGGCUAGUUGGUCCAACGAGGACCCGCAAGCAAACGCAGAGUGUAUCUGCGGCUCGAGUCCUUGUUGCAUGCACUCAUUAGCAGCAGCAAACUGUGGUGCUAAUGCUGCUGCUGCUUGUCCACCCUGCAAUCACUUUCUCUCUCCGUUACCCAAGCGUGAGACCCCGGAAGCAGCAGCAGCAGCAGCAGCACAAGGUGUGGAGUCUCCAGUGUGGCCGUGGCUCGGUGCUCACGCAGUACCAAAAGCCUCUACCUCACCUCCAGCACUCCCACCAUCAUCAUCAUUAGCAGCAGCUGAGCCAUGGGAUGCGGCUUCUCCCUCUACGAUGGCCAUCACGGCUUUCAGUACUCCUGCUGCUUUUGCUGCUCUCUGCAACAAUAUUGCUGCCUUCUGCGGUUCUAGGCCUCCGCUGUCGCCACACCCUCUCUUUCUUCCUUUUGCACAGGAGUUGCAACAGCUGCAGGAGCGGCACCAGUUGCAGCAGCAGCAGCUUCAACAUGCCACCUGCCCUUCCGCUGCCGCUGCUGAGGCAGUUGCGCCUCCGGGAGAACCACAGCAACAGCAACAUCAACUGCAGCAGGAUCCACAGGAGGAGCACUUGAAACCUGAAACACAGCAAAAGUCUGAAUUGCUGGAUGUUUUGCAAGAGGCACUGCAGCAGCAAGAGAUGCAGCAGAGAAAUGAACUGCGGCAGCAAGCGAGCGAACAGUUCCCGUUACAGCAGCAAACCCAGCAGCAAACCAUAAGGUGCGGGGCACAGCAGCUCGCGAAGGAGGAGGGAGGGGAGGAGGAGCAGCAACAACAUCUUGGUCCUCCUGAGGAUCUAGCCGACGAUAACGUGCCUAUUCAAUUUUGCUUGGGCAGGAGAGCAAGAGGAGAGUCGGAGGGAAGUGCUGCUGCUGCUGCCACUGCCACAACGAUGCCAUUUUUGGCGUUGAAUGAGGCCAGGCAACACCACCAGUCUCCAUCGAGCAGGAGCAGCAGGAGCAGCAGCAGCUGCUGCUGCUUCACUCCUCAGGCUGGCCUGCAGAGCCCUAUGAGCAACAGCAGCGUCAUCGCAGGCCAAACGAACAGCAGCAGUGGCAGCAGCAACAACAUGUCCAAGCGGUCAUGUGCAGUUUCUCCUACAGAAAUGGCUGCUGCAUCUAAUGAGCUGUCUCCAUCUGCGUCUGUCGCCCCUCUCUGCUCUCAAGAAAAAAAAACAGAAGUUGCUUUGGCAGGUGCAGCAGCAGCUGCGGAUGCACGGGGAAAUGCUGAUUCAGGUUCUUGGAAGUGUGGAAAAGGCGAGGGUUCAACGGAAGGAGCAAAGGUUAGGGAGCAGCAGCAUCAGCAACACCAGCACCAGAACCAGGAUGUAGAAGACCGAGGGGUUCCUCUUCCUUUAUCGACUAGCAGCAGUGGGACGAUAUCGACGGCGGCUUCAGUAUCGGCCACAGCAGCAGCGGAGUCAGCGGAGGAAUCCCAGGAGGGAGCAACGGCAGCAGCGGCCGCAGCAACAGGAGCAGCAGCAGGAGCUUUCCCUCGUCUCCUGUCUCUAAAGCAACUUGUGGGGAGGCAUAUCGCCGAAGCAGGCAAGGGGAUGUCUUUCAUGCACUGCUUCUCCCUGCAAAACUUGCGCGUGGCGUUGGAGGGGGGUGACUUGGCUCCUAUAUCUUUCCCGCUGGAUGAACUCCCCUUCAGUGAAGUGGCUGCUGCUCUGUGCAGAGAAACACCAGCAGCAGCAGCAGCAGAUUCGGCGGCAGCUGGUCCAAGAGUCACGUCUGCAGCCGCUUCUACCCAUGGAGGGGCGGGGAAAGCCUUACGGACGCCACCUCCAGCAACAACAGCAGCAGGAGCGGCAGCGGGAACAGCAAGGAGAAGGGACUUCCGGCUGUCGUCGUACCUACCGGGUCUUGAAGCGCUUCAGCAAGACUGGCUGGCGUUUGCUGCUGCUCGCAUCUUUGUUUUCUCCCUCUGCGAUUUGCUGCACAUACACCCCGAAGUUGCCUUUACAGCAGUGAGGUAUAUGGGGUGGCUGCUGCUGGAGUGGUACACUUGGCAGCCCCCUGCAGACCUCCUCUUUCCCGCCGCUGCUCCUGGACCUGGACCAGACUCCGCGGCAGCAGAAAGCCCACCACAGAAAUCAGCCGAGGCACUGCAGCAGCAGCCAAACGACACAGCAAAACAAGCAGCAGAUAGGGCUCGAGUCGCCCGCGUGUUGUGGGGAGUUUCGCCGCCGCCGGGGUGCGCUGGCACCAACAACAAUAAAAACAACCGCAGCAGCACCACCAACAGCAGCUGUGGCACUGGCAGCAGCAGAAACAGCGGCAAAGGGCGGACAAAAGGGAGCAGCACGUCCAGCGGCAGCAAUAGCAGCAGCAACAGCAUGGCCAACAUCCACCCGCUACCUGUGUUGCUGCGGCUCGGGUGUCUCUGCACUUCUCUGGCCCUUCGGCAAAAUGAAGUGACUCCUGGCUUUGAUGCAAGACAGUUGACUACCUACGCAACAACUGAGUACUUGCAGCAGCAAAACACUAAGUCUGCUGCAGCAGCAGCAGCAGCCGCAGCUGCAGCAGCUGCUGCAGCAGCUGCUGCAGCAGCUACUGCAGGUUCUGCAGGUGCUGCAGGUGCUGCAGGUGCUGCAGCUGCCAACGUCGCUGUUGCUCACGCUGCAGGGGCGCGGCAGGGAAAGCAAAGGCAACACCAAAAGCGCCAACCGCAGCGGCAACAACACCAGCAUCAGCGUCAGCAACAGCAACAGGAACAACCGCUGACAACCCUUGCGCGACUCCCGCUGUUGCGACAUACAUGCUCCCCCCACCAGUGUCCCGCUUUCUGCCAAGAGCUAGAGAUGAUGGAUCAACAAUUGCAGCAACAGCAAUUGCAGCAACAGCAGCAGCUACUGAGCCAACAGCAACAGCAACUAAUGCUACAGCGCGAGGAGGACAAGCCGACAACUUGGCUGCCCUUUCCCCUCACCGGGUGGCUGGAAUUGCAUGCGUGGGCGUGCAUUAGCAACUUCAGACCAAGACAUAAACCAGCAGCAGCAGCGACAGGGGACAGUGGACAACCAGCAACUGCUCCUGCUGCUGUGGUGGGUGACGGAGACAUUGCCGCUCAAGCCACCAGCAACAACUUACUGCGGUGGCUUAUCGAGGCCAUGAAGCUGCGCAGCAGCAGGUACGGAGCGCAAUGGCUGCUGCUGCUGCCUGGAUCGUGUAGCAGGUGCUGUUGCAGCGGUAGCUGCAGCAGGAGCAACACGACAGCUACCAGCAGUACCAGCGGUAGCAGUUGCAGCAAUGGCAGUAGGGACAGCAGCCCCUCCGUAAUUCCAGACGAGAGUUCAGGGGACACAAAAGAGGAUAUGCAACAACAACGAGCUUCCCCUGAGGAGCAACAGCAGAAGCAAACACUUGCAGCAACUGCAGCAUCACAGUGUUGCGUGCCUUUACUUCUUCCUCCUCUGCUGCCAGCAGCUGCACAGACUGACUUAAGGGGCGGCAGCUAUCUGCCGCAGUUGCUUUUGAAGCUGCUGGUCUCCUCUCCGCAUCCUGCUUCUGUUUUCCUCUCACCAGCUGUACAUGCAGUUGGCGUGCUGUUGCUGCUACUGCACAGCUAUCGCAACAGCAGCAGCACCAAAGUGCAGCAACUUCUUCGAGCAAUUGUAGGGGAGACACUGUUGCAGAAAGCCAUUGCCGCACUGCAGUCUGUUGCUGCUGCAAUUGCCCUUGCUGCUUCUCCCAGCAGCAGCUCGUGCAGCAAAUGCGGUUGCUGCUGUCCGCUGCCUCUUCCGGUGCAGCACACUCUGCUGCAGCUGCUGCUAAAUGAGAGAAUCGGGAGGUUGCCAUCGCGUAUCGCUACAGCGCGGCGUGCUGCAGCAACAGCUCCAGCUGCAGCUGACGGUGAUUCGCUGGGUGCUACUGCUGCUUUAGGGCACGAAGACGACAGCGGCGGCAGCAGCAAGAGGAAGAGAAGGGCUUUAUGUAGCAGCGGCAAUUUAAACUCGUCCCGUUGCUGCCUUAAUUUCGCUUCCGAUGCGACUUCAGAAGCCGCCUCUGAAGGAACUGCUACUACUGCUGCUACAGCAGAGGAGCUAAAGCUGCACCAAACCGGCAGCAGCAGCAAACGACCAGCCCCCCAAAUCCUUAUUAUCGCUGAAGACAGUCCUUACCCAAGAAGCGUUUACACUCAUUGCGGAACGACAGGCUGCAGCAGCACUCCUACAGCAGCAGCGCACCGACAGCAGUACAACGCCAGCCCAUUUUCUCCUUGGGCAAAUUGGAGUGCGUGGCAGCAACAAGCCUAUCAGCAGCAGCUCCAGCAGCAAUACGCAGCCUUGGGAUUCGACUGUUCCCAGCUGUACAACUGCUACAACGGGGCGAUGCAGCAGCAGCAACAGCACAUGAUGAUGGCAGCAGCUUACGGGCAUCAGCAGCCAAUGGAUAGCACAAGCACCCUUGGGGGCUGGACGACAAGCAGUGCAGCGGCGGCAGCAGCAGCAUCAACAUCAGCAUCCGCGGCUUCGUGUUUGUCAGGCAGCACCUUAUGA